GUUGGGGCACAGUGAAAACCGGUCACCAAGUUGCAGUCGCCAGAGCACUCUGGCUUCAGGCCCAGGUCAUCACUAAGUGCCCGAACGCUCCGGGACUGCCUAGAAUUCCAGGGAGGAACAGGCUGUGUGAGGUCAGCACGCAGAGACCCGGGUCACAAUGCAGUCUUCCCCUUCGACGCUGGGGCCCGGGCGCGCAGCAGACACCUGCCAGGCUCCGCCUGGACCGGAGCGUCCUCCCGUGGCCAAGGCUCGGGCAGUUGCUUCCAGCCUGGGACCGGCCUCGGCCUCCGGCAGAGUCCCCCGGGGCCUGGACAUGAGUGCCCAGGAGACCCCACAGGGUCGAAGAUUCCCCAUUGAGGCCGGAGACUCCCCUGGCCUUGCCUCCGCCCCUGAGUCCCAGGACAGCCCUGAGCCUGUUGCUACGGAUCAAAACCCUGUCAGGCCGCUCCGACGCUGCCCUGGCUGCCACUGUCUGACGCUGCUGCACGUGCCCAUCGACGUCUACCUGGCCAUGGGCGGGAGCCCCCGGGCCCGUGCUACCUGAGUGCGCCUGCGCACGGCAGCUCCGCAGGAGCCAGGAGGGACGAGGCCAGCCGCGGGCCACCACGCUGAGGUCGCACGCGCCGAGCACGAGACAA